AUGGCAGAAAAGCGCAAGACUUCACCCCCUAUCUCGUACCGCGAAGCCGCGCUCGUCAAGCGUCAAAGACAAGCGGGCGACAGUGACACUUCUGUCUCACAACAGAUUGCCAUUGCAUCCUCCAACGGCGGUCAGGACAAAGGUCUUAUUCGUUCAGUCAAGCGAACAUCAUCACUGUCGCAUCCUAUCCUUGGACUCACAGGCGCACACACAUCAGAGAUACUCGAUGUCAAAUUUUCACAUGAUGGCUCUCGAAUUGCAGCAGCUUCUGCUGAUCGCACCAUUUCUAUCUGGAGCGUCUAUGGCGACUGUGCCAACAUUGGUCAGCUCAAAGGCCACUCAAAAGCCGUCAGCUGCCUAGCAUUCAGCAGUAAUAUCUCAGAAAUACUCUACUCGGGUUCUGCGGAUGGCACUCUUAUUGCAUGGAGUUUGGCGACGGGUGAAAAGCAGAGAAGACUGAGAGGGCAUCGAGCGAUUGUGAAUUGCGUUUCUGUGACACGGUCCGGGCCGGAACUUUUGGCUUCUGGAUCGGAUGAUGGAAAAGUGAUGGUUUGGGAUCCGCAAGCCAAGGAGCCACUGGACGCGCUUGAGGUCGGGUAUCCGGUGACGGCGGUCGCAUUCUCGGAAGAUGCGAGCCAGAUCUAUGUCGGUGGCAUCGACAAUCAGAUUCACAUCUACGACUUGACGCGCAAAGCUAUUGCUCUCACACUACGCGGUCAUAUGGAUACAAUCACGUCGAUCUCCCUAUCACCUUCAGGGUCGCACAUCCUCUCCACCUCGUUCGACGAUUCGCUUCGAAUCUGGGACGUAAGGCCUUUUGCACCCGAGCCAGAUCGAUCCGAUCCCCACUCGAACGCUGCAAAUCCAAGACUGUACAGGACGUUGCGAGGAACCACAUUUGGAGGAUUUGAAAACUUGCUCAUCAAGGCUGGUUGGAGUGCCGAUGGCGAAAAGGUGGUUGCAGGAGGCGCAGAUAGGACUUGUACCAUCUGGGACGUUGAAAGCUCCACGAUUCUGUACAAGCUUCCGGGGCAUAAGGGGACGUGUACCGCGGCCGUGUUUCAUCCGAGCGAACCGGUUGUGGUGAGCAGUUCAACAGAUAUGACAUUGUUGUUGGGAGAGAUUGAUCCGUGA